AUGGAAGCUUGUUUCUGCCACUGAAUAAAAAAUGAUAAUUGCAACUUUUUAUUUCAUAAUUUGACUUUUUUUUUUUUUCUUUUUUUUCUUCUCACAAUUGCAAGUUUACACCUCGCAAUUUUGACUUUUCUCAGAGUUGCGAGUUAUAAAGUUACAAUUGCAGGAUAUAAACUCAGAAUUGUGGGAUAUAAACUCACAAUUGCGAGAAAUAGAAUUGUGAGAAAGUCAGAAUUGUGAGAAAUAGUCAGAAUUGCAAGUUAUAAACUCACAAUUGCGAGAAAUAAAGUCAGAAUUAAGAGUAAAACUCACAAUUGCAGGAUAUAAACUUGGAAUUCUGACCUUUCUCACAAUUCUGACCUUUUCUCGCAAUUGCGAGUUUAUAUCUCACAAUUCUGACUUUUCUCAGAAUUGUGUGAUAUAAACUCACAAUUGCAAGUUAUAAAGUCAGAAUUGUGAGGGGAAAAAAAAUCAGAAUUGUGAGAAGUCGCAAUUACCUUUUUAUUUUUCUAUUCAGUGGCAGAAACAAGCUUCCAUGCAGUAUAGCUGGCUACCAAACUAGUAUUUAUGCCAUGUGUGCAAUAUUCUGUGCAUGGCAUGCGUCUGUUUUGUAUACACGGAAUAGCUGGAUGACCUUCAUUUUCCAAACCAGUAUAUCAUAGUGUGAUACGCUUGACAUUGCAGUUCCAGUAUGAUGCAUGAACCAGAAGUGAAAUCAACUGGAAAUCCAACAUAAUUGGACACUUUGCCUGAUUAAAUGUGUCGUGUGAUGAUAAUGUAGCAUAGUAGGCUCCUUUGAAACACAUAACACAUGCUAUUUCCCAUACCAUGCAGACUGCAGAGUAUAUUCUGAGCUAGUACUCCAUUUCAAAACAAGUCAUGCUGCAUGGAUUUUUGUCCAAUUGUACACUUUUUUUUUUUUUUUCUUUUUUUUUUUUUUUUUUUCCCUUUAGUCACAUGUUGAAUCUCUUUCCUUUUUGGAGUAUUUUUAGAAAUCGUACAAGAAAUGUGGUUCUAGGUGCACAUGUAAUUAUAAUAAGGUUUACUGGUCAAAUAUCUUUGAAACUCAUUAGCUACACACUGCCAACAGCCUUUGGGUUAAUUACACGAAUAGAGUUUCAAUCGAGUGUUUAUCACUGCUAUGAACUAUAAAAGGUUUUGGCUUUCCUUGACCCUAUUAUGGCAGUGUCAAAAGGUCUUCAUUGUUCAUAGAUUAAAGGUUAGAUUAUUAGUGUAACUAAUACGCACACUGCUGGCACCAGUUUCCAUCACUAAACACACCUCACCAUGGUACACGUCAAAGAUUUAACAUGGUGUAAGAUGCCCCUUGGGGUUUCUAUUGAGAUCUUUAACAUUCUUAGCUGUAAGACUACACGUCCUGUUUCUAAAGUGAUGGACCGUUCAAUGAAAUAUUCAGUAUGUACCAAGUACUCUUGUUUCUUGAGUGAUGCAAUGUGCUUUGAGGAUAAAUCAAGUCCAUGUCAUAGAGACUCCAGCAGGGUUGCAUGCAGGACGCUCUUUGCUUUAGAUCUAAAUCAGAAUUUCAAGGCUUAGCUUUGUUAAUAGUGGAACAUGAAUCAAGGGUGCAGAUGUCAGACUUACCUCAUUUGUAAGUGGCUUUGGAUUAAAGCAUCUGCUAAAUGAUUAAAUGUAGAAGUAGUGUUAAGUAUUUGAGCGAAGGGUUAGGGUAGGAAUCUAAUAGAGUUUGAAUGUAAAUUGAAUUAUGUAGAGGAAAAUGUGCUGUUUGAUAUUACUGGCAUGUUUCUACUCAACUAGUGGCUCUAUAUUCUUGAAGAUGGAUUUGAGCAGUUUGUGGUAAGUACAAUUAGAUCUAUAAUUCUUUAAGCAUGAAUAAAUGUCUUGGAAAUGUGAUCUAUACACAGCUGGCCAGGAAGAAUGUUGACCGACAUAAUGAUGAACUCCGACUAUGAUUGUGUGAAAUGAUAAACGGAUUAAAGGAUUUACCUCUUUAUGUAAUUUGAGUACUCAUGCCAAGCCACAAAUCCUUGUAGAUCUCAGACUGUAAGCUGUUUGAAAAUUAAUUAUAAAUUUACAGGAAUAUACCAGUUGACUUUAUUUCCUUUCCGCUCAACCAGACGAUCCUGCGCUGAGAACGAGCGAGACAAGGGUGCUUGUUGAUCUGGUACCUCUACAAACUUUUUUCUUUUUUGAAUGGAGUCUCUUUGAGCUCAAGUUGAAGAUGCUCUGCGUCAUAUUUUUACUCAUCACAUUCCUAGUUGCUGGGGGCUCAAAGCUCUGCCCUCAUCAGUGUUCUUGUUAUGAAGUAUCUGAGCUGGUGGACUGUCGAUCGCGAGGCUUCACUCACAUUCCCCACAGUAUUCCACAUGGCACGUGGCUCUUGGACCUCAGUGGGAAUAAGUUGUCGGAGUUGAGGAGUACCUCUUUUACUGGGAUAUGGGCCCUCCGGGUCCUCCUGCUUUCACAAAGCAACAUGCAGGUGGUGCAUUCUCAGGCUCUUUCCUCUCUGACCUUCCUGGAAAAGUUGGACCUGUCUUACAAUGAGCUCCACGCCCUUCCUCCAGAUUUCUCUCAAGGGUUGACCUCCCUUAAAGAUCUCAAGCUUUCCCACAAUGCUCUGGAGCGUCUUGAGACCCACUCAUUCAAGGACCUAGAAAGUCUGGAGAGGUUAGAUCUCAGUCACAACCACAUUCAGGUCAUUGAAGUUGGGGCAUUUCGUGGACUUACCAUGCUAAGGCACCUUAACCUGGCAUGGAAUCAAUUGACGGUUCUCCAAGGAGGUCUGCUGACCAUGCAACAAGGUCUUGGGGUUCUUCUCUUGGACCACAAUAAUAUCUCCAAAAUUGAAGCGGAAGCUCUGGCUCCCCUACAAACCCUCACCAUACUGAACUUAGAAGCCAACCAGUUGAGAAGCCUUAAGUUCAAGACAUUCUUAAACCUUCAGACACCCAGCACACAUCUGCAGAUGUCAGAGAACCCUUGGACGUGUGACUGCGAACUGCAUCGUGUUUUCAGUAAGAUACUCUACGUCAGGCAUCUCCACGUGGAUGAUUACAUGAAUAUCACGUGCCACUCUCCGCUCUUACUGGCUGGAGCGUCUCUGGGUUUGAUGCACAGUCAGCUGUGUAUCGCAGAAACAGCCACUGUUCUGAUCAUUACUGGAACUGUGAUGGUCACUGUAGUGGCAGCCAUGGUUAUGGCAGAGCGGAAGCGAAAAAAGAAAAAGAUGAACUUGGAAAAACAAGGAAAUGAGCCUAUGCCUUGGGAGUCUCACAAAUGAAGAAGGGAGGAAAAGUCAACAGCUAUUAGAAAUACAAUCUUUUCUUACAAUAUCAGACCAUACUCACUUCAACAUUAAAUAAAAACUGAACCCUUUUACUUUCCCAAUACAUGUCCCUAACCUAAAAAAAUAAAGUUAUACUUUAUCAAAUUAUAAUAGAGUGCUGCAGGAAUUACGUAUUUUUGUAGGCUGGAAAUGAGCAUUUUUAGCUCUGUUUCCAUCGUCUUGAAGUCAGUUUUUUUUUUAAAGGCCUGAAAUAAGGUCUGUGAACACAAGUUCAAUAUAUUUUUACAUUUUAAUCUGUGACAUAAAAUACAUCAGUAAUACCCCCUUGUGAAGAGGCUAAAUGGGACUACUGAAGUUGUUGGGGAAAUGAAACUUUAAGCCAAACAGUUAAACUCAUCUACUCACUAGUCGCUUUCACAACCUCAUUGUGUUAAUAAUCACUCUCUUGUGAAUUAUUCUGUCUCAAACUGUCAGGGAAAAUGUUUUUAAAAUAAAGACCGAAAGAGUUGUGGGAGUGAGGAAGCUUGUUUCCAACACUGAAUAAAAAAUAAAAAAGGUAAUUGUGACUUUAUCUCACAAUUCUGACUUUUUUCUCGCAAUUGGGAGUUAACAUCUCGCAAUUGUAACUUUUUUUCUCAGAAUUGCGUGAUAUAAACUCGCAAUUGUGAGUUAUAAAGUCAGAAAUCCGUAAUAUAAAGUCUUUUUUUCCUCAGAAUUGCACUUUAUAACUCACAAUUGCGAGUUUAUAACUUGCAAUUCUGACUUUAUUUCUCGCAAUCGUGAGUUUAUAUCUCACAGUACUGACAUUAUAACUCGCAAUUUUGAGAAAAGAAGUCAAGACUUGAGAGAUAAAAAGUCGCAAUUACCUAUUUUAUAUUUAGUGGCGGAAACAAGCUUCCAUAGUGGGAGGCUUAAUGGUCGUGAUGUUGAAGUCAUGUGACCGUGGUGUAGUUCAUUUAUAGCCUGACUAUUGUAUUUAGGCUUCAAAAUUCAUAAAAAUGAAGCAGGGUGAUGCAAAGUUAUGAGUUGGCCUACAAAUAUAUGGCAUCACUGAAGCACUCUGUAACUUAUAUUAAUAAUCAAUCCUAUUAAUUCAGUAUGGAUACAUUUUUCCUCGCUCUGAGAAAUGUCACAUUACUCGUUUGUGAACGCUGUUUCAUAUUGACUCAUCCCUAACUUGAAGGCUGCACCAGAACAUAUUUCCUUACCACAGACUUUGAAUUUUUUAGUACACGAUUGUUUUUAUCCCAUAGUAUAAAAUACAUUAUUAGCAGCAUAUUUAAAUAGUUUGAUUUAAAAUAUGCUAAUUACUGACUUAUUUUUAGAUGAUCUUGCUAAUUGUAGAAAAUCCUGCUAAAGGAAAUUCGACUUCAGUUUGGGUUUCAGAAUUCAAGAUGGUAGGUUGUGAUCUCAAGCUGAAUGACGCAUGAAGAAGGUUUGUUUACUUUUUGGAACUCAAUACCUGGAGCACCAGCCUGACGUUUGGGGACGGCCUGUAAUUGUAUUCAAUGUUACUUUAAAUACACGUAAAGGGAUUCUAGUUAAUAAUGUAUUAUUGUGUCCUUUGUGCUGGACCAUAUUUGUUUGAUCAACAUUUUCUUGUUGACCAGAUUAUCAGCUGAAUCAUUUAGAGAAUUUACAUUUGAAACUAUUAUUUUAGUUCCAGUUUGUACACUUUGAGGGAUAAUAUGACAAAAGUUUAAUACUGUGAAUUCUUGAGUUGCUGUUGUAAUAUUUUCUCCAAAAAUCUCUCUCUAUAUACAUACAUACACAAGUGUUUAAAAAUGCAACAAAUUCAAAAAUAUACAAUUAAAUUGAAAUGCAGAGAUCUGUAAUAUAUGAAACAAUACAAAAAGUAAGUCUUGAAUUAUAUUUUCCAUAAAAAAAAAAAUUCCUAUCAAAGUUGUGUCCUCACUUUGCGUCAACUGGAUUUUUUAUAAUUCUGAAUAAAUCAAGCAAUGUCAUGGUCAUCUUUAACUCUGAAGAGCACUUACUAUUUCCUGCUCAUUGUGGAUCUCACAGUAGGACACACAGUCCUGGAAGUUUUAGUUUUUAUAUUUUAUACAAACUAUGUUGAAGUUUCUGCGGGCACAGCUUUAACAUGUCAACUCCGUCAUCCCGGUGUAAUAGUUUCUGUAAAUAGUUGUGGGAUAAAUCUUGGCAUUUUUAUUAUGUUUAUUAAGGCAGCUACAACUGAGAAAGAAAAUUGCUCCACUGUACAUGUGGUUAAGGUGGAAAAAAUUUAAUUUUGUCAGGUUUUAUGUCUGAUGAUUGACAAGUGUUCUCAAAAAGUCUAUAUAAUGUGAUUUUAUAUGUUUUUUGCAUAUGGGGAAUUCUUCUGUUGUUUCAUGAUUCUAUUUACAUAUACUGUAUAUUUGGCCCCAGCUGGACCUUUGUCAACAUCGUCAGUUGAAGAUUUUUGUUAAUUUUGAAAGAAAUAUCUUAUUCUUUUUUUCAAUUCAUUGUGUUAAAAUAUUAAAACAUCAAC